CUAAUUCUUCUCAUUUCUUGUUACUUCAUAAUCAAAUGGAUAUGGACUACGCCCAAAGAGGCAUUCCUGGACACACUUAAUAGCCUGAGUUUUCCGAACACCCCGGAGGAAGAGCUGAAGGCAUAUGAGGAGAUCAAAGGGUGGUCGACAUCGUCCAUGUGCAUGGUGCCCUUAGCUGUGUCUUUUAUCAUAUCAUUCGCCUACGACUCGACCUACCAGUUCAUUAGUGCGAUUGGACUGGCACAGUAUGACAUGAACGCUAUUGAGCAGAAGAUGGGCGUUUGGUUACUGCUAAUUCAUCCUGUGUUGAUCCCCUACGCUGUCUUCUACUACAUCCCUGCAUUGCGCUUCUGGGUGAAGAAGCAGUGGCAUCGAACAACACGUGGGCUUUUUGGAAGAAGACGUGAAAAAUGGAUGAAGCAUUCAGGAGACAUUUAA